ACUUGUACGAAUUCUGGAGCAUUGAAACUUUGGAAGUAUACGACUUGAGCCUUGGGGAAAAAUAUCAAACAUGGAUCCACGAGCACCAGCAAACCAACAGCCCGCACCCCUCAUCGCAGGCUUCGACAUUGUCAAGACAUAUAAACAAUUCCUCGAAGAAGACAAUGACCUCACCAUGCCCGUCGCAGCCAUCGAGGCCCUCGUCGAGUUGUUGUCACAAUCCCAAGCGCAGACAAUCUCCGAGAUCAUUGAUCUGUUGAAACAAGGCGCGAACGCACUCAAGAAUUCUGUAUCAAACUCGAUAUCGUUGAGUGCUGGGUGUGAUUUGUUUCAGCGAUAUGUUACGGGCGCGUUGAAGGAUGUCAGAAACUUCGAGUCAGCAAAAGAGGACCUCAUCUCGCAUGGCCGAGCAUUUGUCCAAAACGCCCGCUCAGCACGCCAUACCAUCGCCGAACUCGGCUCGCAGUUCAUUCACGACGAUGCACAAAUCCUCGUCCACUCCUACUCUCGUUCCGUGACCGCAGUUCUCCUCGCCGCUGCACGGAAACAUGUCCGCUUUACAGUCUAUGUUACCGAAGCACGGCCCACAGGAUCCGGUAUCGUCGCGGCGAAGGUGUUGGAGGAGGCGGGUGUGCCGGUAUGUGUUGUGUUGGAUAGUGCGGUCGGAUAUGUCAUGGAUAAGGUUGAUUUGGUGUUGGUUGGUGCCGAAGGAGUCGUGGAGAAUGGUGGUGUUAUCAAUCACGUCGGCACACUACAAGUCGCCCUCAUCGCAAAAGCCCACCACAAACCCCUCUACGUCGUCGCCGAAUCCCACAAAUUCUGCCGCCUCUUCCCACUCUCUCAAUACGACCUCCCAACACCACACCCCAUCCUCCAGUUCCCCACCCUCAAAACUCCGUCCACCUCGGGUACCGAAUCCCCCUCGGGUACCGAAUCCCCAGAUUCUCCAGCCACGCCCGGGUUUAGACCGACGAGUUCGAGUACCGAGAUCAGGAAUGAGAAUAUUAUGACGGAGAAACAGAUUAGGAAUAACCCGUUUUUGGAUUUUACCAGGCCGGAGUUUGUUGAUGGGUUGAUUACGGAUUUGGGUUUCUUGACGACGAGUGCUGUUGGGGAGGAGUUGUUGCAUUUGUACACCUAAGGGUUGAAUAAGGGAGGAAAAGGUCUGGAAAGAGGGCGAAGCAUUGUUGGGACGAUACAGAAGCCUUGCCGAGCUGAAAAUCAUCUGUGGGAAUCA